GAAUAAAAACGAACGGACGGCGAAGCUUUUAAAUAACAAUGAAGAGGCGGGGCCGUGCUGCUCAACCAAUCGCAAGGCUGGGAGAGGAGCGCCUGACGUCACGGCGUCGCCGAGAGGACGCCGAACGACCGCGCUCCCCGCCUGGGCCGUGGUUCCGUUGCCAUGGCGACCGCGCAGCGCUUGGGACCGGGGCGGCUGGCGCAGGAGGCCGCCGCGCUCGCUGCCGUCGUCCGGGGCUCCGUGGGGCCUCGAGGAGGGCAUGUGCUGCUCACCCGCCCCACGGGGGAAGUGCUGCUUUCCAGGGACGGGCGGCGCGUGCUGGAAGCCUUGAACGUAGAGUCGCCCACGGCCCGAAUGAUGAUUUCAUGCAUUUCCACACACUGCAAUUUGACUGGGGAUGGUGCUAAAACGUUCAUCAUAAUCCUCUCCAUUUUACUUCAAGAACUUGAAAAACUUGUUAAAGGAGGUAGUCCUUCCUAUUAUGAGAACAUCCAAGGAAGAGAGAAUUGUAAAGAAUUUUUUUACAGACUGAAACAAGUUUCCCAGCUUCUUAUAAUGAUCCAGAUGGACAUUCUAGAUUACAUAGUGACAAGAGACCUUGAAAAACAUUUUCAUUCAGUAUGUUCUGUUCCUGAUGAAGAAAUAAGUAUGAGCACAAUGGGGUUGGUACUGGAAGCUUAUUUUUCUGGGAAAGUAGGAAUCAAUAGACAAAAGUUUCUUUCCCAGUUAAGCUGUGAUUUCUACUUCAAAGUUACUGCUGGUAAAAAUAGGAGUGAAGUCCUAUGCUUUGUGGACGACUGUUUUGCUGAGUUGCAUACUACUGUGACAGGCCUUCCUGUUUCAAGUUCAAGAAUCCUAGAUGGGCUUAUUCUUCACAGAGACUUUGCUGUGUACUGUCCUGCAGAUGGUGACAAAAGAGUUCUAGUUAUAACAGAACCUAUACAGCCUGCUUAUUCUGACUUGGGUGCUGAAGUUGUCAUAACUGCUGAAAAUCAACAUGGGGCAUCUGAAACCUGGAUUACAAAAAGAACAGAAGCUGUUCUAAAGCACAUGCGAGACAAUGACAUCAAGGUUUUAUUGUCAAGUGUAAAACAACAGGAAGCUGUUCAUAACUAUGCAAAAAGCAGUGGCAUAUCUAUUGUAGAGUGCCUGUCCCCAGAGGAGAUAUCUCUUAUCUACAGGAUCACAGAUAUUUCACCUUUUAAGCCAUCUUUGGACAAUAUUCACACUGAAAUCACAGAAGCCGCUGUAGCAAAAUUUUGCCAGCCAUUGCACCUUGGAGCCAAAAGAUUUGUCCAUAUAGGCUUUGAAAGGACGUGUGCCCUUCAGCUCCACUGUGUGAUUCUCUGUGGGCCAGUGCAUGGGGUUACUGAGCAACAUGUUUGUGCUUUUCAUGAUGCGUUCAAAAUGUUACGACAGAUGUUUACGGUUGUUGGUCUGACUGAGCAAAACCUCUCCGAAACUCUGCAUAAUAGUCAGCAGUGUUCUGGCGCACAGCAACAUUUUGUAGAGAAGCACACUGGCUGUGGUGAGGUUCACCCUUGUGCCAAGCAGCCAAGACCUUGUGGGUUUGAAAUGGAAGAGGACUCUGUUGUUUCUGCUUCAUCGGUAGACAGAGAGUUGGCAUGUUCAUCCAUGCAUCUGCCUAACUUGAGCGUAGAUUUGGCGCAUGAUGCCAUGUACUCAGAACUACAUGAACGUGAACAUGAUUUAGUUGACGUGCAAAAGGUGUAUCAGAAACACAGUCAUCCAAAAGGAAUGUUGAGAAUGGAUUGGAAUGAAUCACUUGCGGAAAAUCUGCUUGCUCCUACCAGAGUAGAAAGAAGCAUCAGUUCCAGAAAUGUACUUGUGCACCUGCAACCCACUGAGGACAGUUGUACUAGGCAAGGCUGUGGAGUUAAAGAAGCGGAUAGUAUCAGAAGCCAUAUUCAGAGUAAUUCCAGCUCUUACAUAAAGGAGGGAUCAGUUUUGCCAGUCGGUGGGAUAUUCGAGAUACUGUUACAUUACUACCUGUCCUGCUAUGCAAAGCAGUGCCAGUCACCAAACGUAUCCAUUCUUUGUGCUGUAAUUGCUGAUGCAUUGCUCAGUGUUCCAAAAACCCUCUGUAGGGGACAGAAAAGGGAUGCUUUUCCUCAGCUCUAUCUUGAAGUUACCAGCGCUGCCAGAAAUAAUCAACCGCUUCUGCCAAAUCAAGAAAGGUUAGAAUCAGUGUCCUGUAAGCACCAAUUAGUGGCUUCCAUUCUUCAAUGUGCAGCUAGGCUUUUAAGUAUUGAUCUUAUUGUUGGCAUUAAGAGGUUACCUCAGAAGACCGAAGAAAGCGAUUCAGAAGCUGAUCUGUGAAUAUAGGGUUUUUGUAUGCAAGUGAUGAAGUUGCUAGAACCAGCAACAUCCGUUAGUCUUCCUUAGUCCAGUGUACUUCUAUGCAGCCCCAGGACUGUUCAAAUCCUAACAGAAAGGUGGGGGGAGGGGACAUUAGCUGCAAAUUUUCUUAAAUCCCAUAAUGUAUUUCUGGCCGAUAGAUUGGAUAUAGAUUUAGACAAGGAAUUGUGACAGAUUGAGGCUGCAGUGUUAAAGUCACC